ACACGGCCGACACGGCUCAGCGGCGAAGCGAGUUGCGAGCCCAACAAGCAUGGCUGAUCUCGACGGCGAACCGCUUGCGGAUGCUUCGGCUACGUCUGUAGCAGCACCAGAAGUCAGCUCUGUGCCGCGUUCCUCGCCAAAGGGCGACACCACCUCACCUGCGCUGCCAGAGACGAGCAGCUUUCCAGACGACACAGAGGAUGGCGAGGCGAUAGAUGAGCCUCCAAGCGGCACUGUUGCAACAAUGCGCAAGCGUGAGCGCGAGUCUAUGGAAGGUGGUGCGACACCGACACCUGUGAGUCGCUCAUGAGCUGCGCCUCGUUACGCCCUUUGCUGAAGUGUGCUCGCCAUGCAGACCGGCAGCGAAGCAGACGAGAGCAGGAUAACACACACAGCGAAGAAGAAGUUCGUCCUGCUCUCAGCUGACCAGCGCGAGAACUGACUUCGCAGCGCAGUCGACUACAGCCUGGCGAUUCGCCGCGAGCGAGCAGCAUUGACGGACAAGAUCU